GCUCGGCGGCGUCCGCAGCCGCACACGCGUUUCCCCAGUGAAACACUGCUGUCGGCCGCCGCGGGUUCCCUGGCUUUCGUCGCGAGUUUGGCGGAGCGCUCGGCAUGGGGAAGGCCAGGCUGGCCGCGGCGCGGAGGCAGGCGCCCCGGGCGCCGCUGGGGGGACGCGGGGGCGCGGCGAAGGCCAACCCGAACCCGUUCGAGGUAAAGGUCAACAGGCAGAAGUUCCAGAUCCUGGGCCGGAAGACGCGCCACGACGUGGGGCUGCCCGGCGUGGCUCGCGCGCGGGCCAUCAGGAAGCGUACGCAGACUUUACUAAAGGAGUACAAAGAAAGAGAUAAGUCCAAUAUAUUUACAGAUAAACGCUUUGGGGAGUACAAUAGCAACAUAAGCCCAGAGGAAAAGAUGAUGAAGAGAUUUGCUCUGGAACAACAGCGACAUCAUGAGAAAAAAAGUAUUUACAACCUAAAUGAAGAUGAAGAAUUAACCCAUUAUGGCCAGUCUUUGGCAGACAUCGAAAAGCAUAACGACAUCGUGGAUAGUGACAGUGAUGAAGAAAGAGGAACGCUGUCUGCUGAGCUGACUGCUGCCCACUUUGGAGGCGGAGUUGGACUCCUUCCCAAGAAAACAUCUCAGCAAGAAGGCGAGGAGGGUGCAAAACCAAAGUCACGGAAAGAACUGAUUGAAGAGCUUAUUGCCAAGUCAAAGCAAGAGAAGAGAGAGAGACAGGCAAAACGAGAAGAUGCCCUUGAGCUCACGGAGAAGCUGGACCAAGACUGGAAAGAAAUCCAGACCCUGCUAUCCCACAAAACUCCCAAAUCAGAGAAGCAGGAGAAAAAAGAGAAACCUAAGCCUGAUGCAUACGACAUAAUGGUUCGUGAGCUUGGCUUUGAAAUGAAGGCACAACCGUCUAAUAGGAUGAAAACGGAGGAGGAGCUGGCAAAGGAGGAGCAAGAGCGGCUGAGGAAGCUGGAGGCUGAGAGACUUCGAAGAAUGCUUGGAAAGGAGGAGGAUGAAAGUAUGAAGAAUCCAAACCACACGUCAGCGGAUGAUUUAAAUGACGGCUUUGUGCUGGACAAAGAUGACAGGCGCCUGCUUUCUUACAAAGAUGGAAAGAUGAACAUUGAGGAGGAUGUCCACAAAGAACUAAGCGGGAAAGCUGGCAUCCAAGGGAGCGACGAGGAAGGCGAAGGGGAGAGCGACGAGGAGGAGGCCGAAGGGGAGAGCGACGAGGAGGAGGCCGAAGGGGAGAGCGGGAACCCGGACAGCCAUUCAGACCUGGACUCGAAUGCAGAGAGUGAGGAGGAAAGCGGGAAGCCACCGAGAGCGCAAGGGCAGACUCCUGGGAAGAGAUCGAGAAGUGAUGACCAGAACACUCGGAAGGCUGCCAGAACUGAGCUGCCCUACACCUUUGCAGCUCCUGAGUCCUAUGAGGAGCUGAGAUCUGCGUUAUCAGGAAGAUCGAUGGAAGAGCAGCUUUUGGUGGUGGAGCGAAUUCAGAAAUGCAAUCAUCCAAGUCUCGCAGUGGGGAACAAGGAGAAAUUAGAAGUACGUUGGAAUGACAAGAAACUGUUCGGCUUCCUUUUGGAAUACAUUGGAGAUUUGGCUACAAAUGAUCCACCAGACCUCAAAGUAAUUGAUAAAUUGGUUGUGCAGUUAUAUAAUCUUUGCCAGAUGUUUCCUGAGUCUGCAAGCAAUUCCAUAAAAUUUGUUCUUCGAGAUGCCAUGCAUGAGAUGGAAGAAAUGAUUGAGACCAAGGGCCGUGCAGUGUUCCCAGGGUUGGAUGUGCUCAUUUAUUUGAAGAUUGCUGGGAUGUUGUUUCCGACCUCUGACUUCCGGCACCCAGUUGUGACCCCUGCCUUCCUGUGCCUGAGCCAGCUGCUCACGAAGUGCCCGGUGCUGUCACUCCAAGACGUGGUGAAGGGCCUCUUUGUGUGCUGCUUGUUUCUGGAGUUCGUGGCUCUGUCUCACAGAUUCGUACCUGAGGUUAUUAAUUUUCUUCUUGGGAUUCUCUACAUAGCAACUCCAAACACACAAAGCCAAGGUUCUACUCUGGUGCAUCCUUUCAGAGCACUUGGGAAGAAUUCCGAAUUGCUCUUGGUCUCUGAAGCAGAAGAUGUGGCCACCUGGCAGAGGGGAAGCCUCCCCCUGCGCUGGGCAAGUGGGCCGAGCUCCCCAACUGCAGCUGAGGCCACCCACGCCAGACUGUCCUGCCUGGCUGUGUGUCUGGCCCUGCUAAAACGCUGUGUGCUCAUGUAUGGCACACUGCCGUCCUUCCACGCCAUCAUCAGGCCCUUCCCGGCCCUCCUGACAGAGCACCUGACGCAUUGCAGCCACCCCCACGAGCUCCAGGAGCUGUUUCAGAGCACACUGGCAGAGGUGGAAAGCCAAAAUCAGCUCUACCGGCCACUGCUGUGUGAGAAGAGCAAGCCAGUCCCGCUAAAGCUGUUCACCCCUCGGCUGGUCAAAGUCCUGGAAUUUGGAAGGAAACAAGGCAGCAGUAAGGAAGAACAGGAAAGGAAGAGGCUGAUCCACAAACAUAAACGGGAAUUCAAGGGUGCCGUCCGAGAAAUCCGCAAGGACAAUCAGUUCCUGGCUAGGAUGCAGCUCUCAGAGAUCAUGGAAAGGGAUGCAGAAAGAAAGCGGAGAGUGAAGCACCUUUUUAACAGCCUGGCUACACAGGAGGGUGAAUGGAAAGCUCUCAAGAGGAAGAAGUUCAAAAAAUAAAUUAUUUUGUAAAUGA